UACGACUGCAACCCGCCAGAAAACCAAAGGAAGAAGAAGAAGUCUAACAACAGAAGAAGAAAAGCAACCAAGGACAGUUCAGGAUAAAAUUGACCAAAGUACAGAAACGUAUUUACAAUUUGAUAUCUCGACAGUUUAAGUAAAAAUAAGGAGAAGUCUCACGUCCGUUCAGAAGUGGUGGCAAUUGGGAAUGUAAUGGCGGCACAGGGUCGAACUUCUUUCCAUCUUUAUGUCCAAAGGUUGCUCAGCAAGGAGAAUGGAAAGCCUGUCCUCAAACCCAACAAACCUCUCAUCCUCGGCGACGCUGUGGCCAUCCGCAAACCCAAGAAAGGAGAGGCCACCUGUAUCACAGAGUUAUCUGUCAUGAUGGCGUGUUGGAAGAAGAACACCUUUGUGGACCAGCUGUGCUCCAAUGAGAUGUCUGACUUCUACACAUGUGUGAAGAGGAAUCAGGCUGCAAAGAAGAAUGCACCAGAACAGACGAAUGUUCCUGGAGGACGUCUGCAACCCAAGCAUGUCAACACACUUUUAAAGAGAUAUCCAAAUAUACUUAAUGAGAUCUAGGAACCCAAUUUUGUUUUGUUUCUUGAGUUACAUCAAAAAUAAGACACACUUUGUAAAAUUGAUACAACUGUCUUGCCGACUGGUCCCAGGAUCCUCAAGAUAAAUUACAAGCUACUCUUGUCAUCCUGGGCUGGUCCCUCAAUUUCCCCCCCAGAAUCAUCGGUAGUUUAUGAAGUGAAAUCUUGCAUGGAGUUCCAGAGCGAGGGCGAGUGACUUAUCUUGUCUUUUUUCAUUCUCUGAAUCACCAAUCUUCUUUUUGAUGGUAUUUUAGUCCAAUCCAGUCCUGUGCAGCAGGUCCUUAAUCUUGUCCCUCAGGUCCUUUGCUGCUCUUGGGUUUUGUCUAUAUUGUUGGGGAGGUUUGAAUGAAGCGACUAUGUGACGGAUGAAUUGAGUAAAGGGGCACGACUUAUUUGAGUGCUUCAGACACAUAGCUGGUUUGUGGGGGGAGAAACAUCAAAUACACAUUUCCCUCAUUCAAAUGUUACUGUAAUUUUUUACAACUCCCCCUCUUGAAAUUAAUCUAACAUAAAAUUAAUUUCAAUAACAAAAAACUAUUCACGUUUUCCCCACUGUAUUCGUAUGUAUGUAUCUUUCCCAAGGCCAGAAGCUACUUUACUUGAAUUGAGUACUGUACAGUGUUAAGAUAUAUAAAAACUAUUUUUUCUCUUCAACACA